AUGGAUACCUCCUUUGUUUCCAUGUGUCCCAGCCAGGUGCAAAUGGUCUUCAAGGGCAGUGUCAGCUACCGCAAGGACAUCGUCAACUAUGUUCGGAUUAACGCAAACGUUGAAGCUAAGAUUUCGCGGCUGGACAGGGCAUGUGCGCAAAUUGCUUUUGUCGACAACGACGACCAGCCGGUGCCGGCCCCAUCAAACCUCACCGUCGUCUUCCAGGGUACCCAACACCCAGCGGCACGCGUAGGCCAGGUAUUCCUUAUCUCUUGGAUGGAGAACUACGUCAUUCUUGUGAAUGGAGUGGAGCUGUUCAGGCUCGAGAAUCAACUGGCCAUAGAUAGUGGGGCUGACCUGGUGACCCGCAUUGUCCAGGCAUAG